AUUUAAUAACUAAAACGAAAAUUGGAUUAUAUGUAUCAUUUUGACCUGCUACCGACUAAAACUCAAACUGACUUGUUGGAGACAGUUUUCAUGGUCGGUACAGAUGUAAUCUGGUUCAACCGGCCGGUCUAGCAGUGGUUUGACAACCUUUGUAUGCUCGAAGGAUGAUUGAUAAGAUUCGCCGGCUUUCCUACUAGGAAACACUUAUGAUACUUGAGCUCAUACCUCAUCGAGCAUGUUUUUCCUCGAUUAAUCAAAUCGGACACAUUAUAAACAUAUUUGUUUGCCCAUUUCUCGACUAUGAUCUAUUCAACUAUCGAAUGAGCUGCCUAGCUUUUUUUUUAUGUGGAUGAAAUCUUUCUCAUUAAAAAAAAUAUACUCCUCUUACGAAUAAUUAUUGAUAAUACUAAUACAAACAUAGUAAUGAUUAACCAUUGAAAAGUAUGGGUUUGAUUCACCGAUGUGGGCCAAAUGGACGAAUUACGAUCAGUGGUUUGGUUUGAAUUGAAGACACCCUCUCUCUAUCUUUCUCCUCUCUGGGUUUUUGUUUUUUAAUGCACUGGUUGUCUGUGCGUGAAUAUGGUGGACAAGGCGCCAGCCAGCCCACAUAAGAUGAGGUAGACGAGCUUCAGAGGGCAGCAGCAAAAGCUGAAACUUACAAAAGGAAGGAGGCGAGAGGGAGAGGAAGAAGGAGGAGGAGGAGAAAAUGGGUGUUUCUACUGCUGGUAGUAGUAGUAGUUCAUCAUCAUCAUGGCUGUCUUCUUUGACCUGCGACCCCGGCGGCUCGAUUCAGGUUGACCAUUCAUCAUCGUCCUCCUCCUCGCCGCUCCAAUGGCUGAGAUUCAUCUUGCUCUCCCCAUGCCCGCAGCGGCUCAUGCUGUCAUCCCUCGACACACUGUUCAUCCUCCUCCUCUGCAUCUUCGCCCUGUACAAGCUUUUCACCACUCUGUUUUCCGCCCGCCGCCGACGACAGCACGUCAAUGGCGACUUCUCCGAUUCCACCGUCGACAAGCCCCUCUUGCAAUCCAGUGGUCCGGACGUGGUCACCACCGACGUUUGGUUCAAGGUCGCGCUCGCCGCCACCGCCGUCUCCGCCGCUUGCUCCGUCGUCCCCUGCAUUCUCGCCUUCACCGGCGGCGGGACAGAGGCAGAGUCCUCGCCGCCGGGGUACUGGAAGCUGCUCAACGGGGUUUGCUGGUUGAUUCAGGCCGUGACGCAUCUGAUCGUCGCGGUUCUGAUCAUCCACGAGAGAAGAUUCCGAGCGAUUCGGCACCCUCUCUCCCUCCGAAUCUACUGGGUCCUCAACUUCGCCGUCGCUGCUCUGUUUGCGUCGUCGGGGAUUUUCCGAUUGGUCGCCGGCGGCGACGAUAGUUCCAACUUAAUUGCAGACGACGUCGUUUCAAUAAUCGCUUUUUUCGUCUCUAUUCCUCUCCUCGCCGUCGCCGUAAGAGGGUUUACUGGAGUUGGGGUUUCAUCAGGAAUCAAAUUAGCAGAUCCUCUUUUGGAAGAUGAGGAAGGAGAAGAGGGGAAAUUGCCAGCUAGCGCUUUUGCUUCAGCUUCCAUUAUCUCGAAGGCGUUUUGGUUUUGGAUGAACCCACUUUUGGGGAAAGGCUACAAAACCCCAUUGAAGCUCGAAGACGUCCCCAGCCUCGCCCCUAGCGACAGAGCCGCCGCCAUCUCCCGCCUCUGGGACGCCUCCUGGCCGGAAGAGAAAUGUCAGAACCCAGUUCGCACAACCAUCCUCCGCAUGUUCUGGAGGGAAAUAGCCUUCACGGCCUUCCUCGCCAUAGUCCGAUUGUGCGUCACAUACGUCGGCCCCGUUCUGAUUCAGGAUUUCGUCGACUACACGAGCGGGAAGCGAACUUCGCCGUACGAAGGCUAUUACCUCAUCCUCACCCUUCUGGCGGCCAAAUUCCUUGAGGUAUUAACCACCCAUCAGUUCAAUUUCAACACCCAGAAGCUCGGGAUGCGGAUUCGCUCCUCCCUGAUUACAGCGCUCUACAGAAAGGGGCUGCGGCUGUCGUGCUCGGCUCGUCAAGCUCAUGGCGUCGGGCAGAUUGUGAAUUACAUGGCGGUGGAUGCUCAGCAGCUCUCUGACAUGAUGCUGCAGCUCCACGCCAUUUGGUUGAUGCCCUUUCAAGUUGGGGCGGCGUUGAUUCUUCUAUACGGAGCUUUGGGGGCUUCCACUCUCACUGCUCUGGUUGGGAUUGUGGCGGUGCUCUUGUUUGUGUUCUUUGGCACCAAGAGGAACAAUAGGUUCCAGUUCAACCUGAUGCAGAACCGGGAUUCAAGGAUGAAGGCCACGAACGAGAUGUUGAAUUACAUGAGGGUGAUCAAGUUUCAAGCUUGGGAGGAGCACUUCCAGAAGAGGAUCCAAGGGUUCAGGGAUUCGGAGUACUCGUGGCUGUCCAAGUUCUUGUACUCCAUUGCUGGGAACCUGCUUGUGAUGUGGUGCACGCCUCUGCUGAUUUCUACUGUUACUUUCGGUACCGCGAUCUUGCUGGGUGUGCCGCUGAGUGCUGGCACGGUUUUCACCACGACUUCGAUAUUCAAGAUUCUUCAGGAACCCAUCAGGACUUUCCCACAGUCGAUGAUCUCGAUCUCGCAGGCGAUGAUAUCGCUCGGGAGGUUGGAUAAGUACAUGCUGAGCAAAGAGCUGGUGGAGGAGAGUGUGGAGAGGGCAGAAGGGUGUGAUGGUAGGGUGGCUGUGGAGAUUCAGGAAGGUGUGUUCAGUUGGGACGAUGAAGCUGAGGAGCCGAUUCUGAAAGAAAUUAAUGUGAAGAUCCAGAAAGGUGAGCUUACAGCAAUUGUUGGAACUGUUGGGUCAGGCAAGUCCUCUCUGCUUGGCGCUGUUCUUGGUGAGAUGCACAAGAUUGCUGGCAAGGUGAGCGUGUGUGGAUCAACUGCGUAUGUGGCUCAAACUUCAUGGAUUCAGAAUGGGACCAUCGAAGAGAACAUUCUGUUCGGUCUGCCCAUGGACAGGAGCAAGUACAAUGAGGUAGUGAGGGUGUGUUGCUUGGAGAAGGACUUGGAAAUGAUGGAGUUUGGUGAUCAGACCGAGAUUGGCGAGAGAGGGAUUAACCUUAGUGGUGGACAGAAGCAGCGGAUCCAGCUUGCCAGGGCGGUUUAUCAGGAUUGUGACAUCUAUCUGCUUGAUGAUGUUUUCAGUGCCGUGGAUGCUCAUACUGGCACUGACAUAUUUAAGGAAUGCGUGCGAGGAGCAUUGAAAGGCAAAACCAUCUUGCUUGUGACCCACCAAGUAGAUUUCUUGCACAAUGUUGAUCUUAUAAUGGUGAUGAGAGAUGGGAAGAUUGUGCAAUCCGGGAAGUACGAUGAGAUGCUGGGAUUAGGGACGGAUUUCGAGUCACUGGUAGCUGCUCACGACACUGCUAUGGAACUCGUGGAAGCUGGCCAUAAUAACUCAAAUGGUGGUGAAGAAAAUGGCCCCAAAUCGCCAGGAGGAGCUCCUUUCAGCCCUGGAAGAGAAGCUGCAAACGGCAGUAGUGACAACAAGGUCUCGCCAUCAGAACAACAACCUAAAUCAGAGCAAGGAACUUCCAAGCUGAUUGAAGAAGAGGCUCGAGAGACGGGCAAGGUUGGGGUGAAUGUUUACAAGCAGUACAUCACAGAGGCAUUUGGGUGGUGGGGUGUUGUAGCUGCGGUGGCCCUAUCCUUAAUCUGGCAAGGGUCUCAAAUGGCCGGAGAUUACUGGUUGGCCUACGAGACUUCCUCCGACAGAGCUACAGCAUUCAACCCGACCAUAUUCAUUUCCGUGUAUUCAAUCAUCGCAGUUAUAUCAGUGGUUCUGUUGGCAUUCAGAUCAUACUUUGUCACUCUGAUGGGACUCAAGACCUCCCAAAUUUUCUUCAAUGGUAUCCUGAACAGCAUUUUGAGGUCUCCAAUGUCCUUCUUUGAUACCACGCCAUCUGGAAGAAUUCUGAGCCGGGCUUCAACUGAUCAAUCAAACAUCGAUCUCUUCCUUCCAUUCAUUUUGUCACUCACACUGGCCAUGUACAUCACAGUGCUCAGCAUCUUAAUUGUGAUUUGCCAAAACGCUUGGCCAACUGUGUUCUUGUUGAUUCCUCUUGGUUGGCUCAAUAUCUGGUUCAGGGGCUACUUUUUGGCAACAUCCCGAGAACUGACACGACUUGACUCGAUCACAAAAGCCCCAGUAAUCCAUCAUUUCUCAGAAAGCAUAGCCGGGGUAAUGACAAUCCGGUCUUUCAGAAAAGGAAGCAGGUUUUGCCAGGAGAAUGUCAGGAAAGUGGAUUCCAACUUGAGGAUGGACUUCCACAACAACGGUUCCAAUGAGUGGUUGGGACUCCGGCUGGAGCUUAUCGGCAGCGUCAUCCUCUGCUCUUCAGCCAUCCUCUUGAUCGUCUUGCCUAGCAGCAUCGUUAAUCCAGCCAACGUUGGAUUGACGCUGUCAUACGGGCUGUCCCUGAACUCGGUGCUGUUCUAUGCGAUAUACAUGAGCUGCUUCGUGGAGAACAGGAUGGUUUCGGUGGAGAGGGUGAAGCAGUUCACCAACAUCCAGUCGGAGGCAGCUUGGAGGAUCAAAGACCGCCAGGCUCCUCCCAACUGGCCUACUGAAGGGCGAGUUGACCUUCGCGAGUUGCAGGUCAGGUACCGCCCCAACACUCCCUUGGUGCUCAAAGGGAUCACACUCAGCAUUAAGGGCGGGGAGAAGGUUGGGAUUGUAGGGCGGACUGGGAGCGGGAAAUCCACUCUGGUCCAAGUGUUCUUCAGGCUGGUGGAGCCAACUGCCGGGAGGAUCAUCAUCGACGGGAUAGACAUCUCCAUGCUCGGUCUCCAUGAUCUCCGGUCCAGGUUCGGGAUCAUCCCUCAGGAACCUGUUCUCUUUGAAGGCACCGUCAGGAGCAAUGUGGACCCUAUCGGAGACUACUCCGAUGAGGAGAUUUGGAAGAGUCUGGAGCGCUGCCAACUGAAGGAUGUAGUAGCUGCCAAGCCUGAAAAGCUGGACGCUCCUGUGAUCGACAGUGGCGAAAACUGGAGCGUGGGGCAGAGGCAGCUGCUCUGCCUGGGGCGGGUGCUGCUGAAGAAGAGCAGGCUUCUGUUCAUGGACGAAGCCACGGCCUCCGUGGAUUCCAAGACGGACGCCGUGAUACAGAGGAUCAUAAGGGAGGAUUUCGGGUCGUGCACUAUAAUCAGCAUCGCUCACAGGAUCCCAACCGUCAUGGACUGCGACCGAGUCCUCGUCGUGGAUGCUGGACUGGCCAAGGAAUUCGAUACGCCAUCGAACCUGCUGGAGCGGCCGUCGUUGUUUGCUGCAUUGGUGCAGGAAUACGCUAAUCGAUCGGCUGGAUUAUAAUCAUCAUCAUCAUCCUCGUCGUCAUGCUUACUCGUAACACGAAAUGCCUGCAUCUAUGCACUGUAGUCCUUCCUUUUUGCCUGUUGUAGUCUUAAGUUGGAGGAGCUUGAAAGAGGAUAAUGGCUGCAAUUUUUACCAAGUUCAAAUCUGUCAGGAAAAUGGUUCUGUAUUAUUCUUCAUAAUUGUAGUUGUAAUAAUAGUCUCCGGACUCUGCCCCAAAUGUAGCCAAGGGUUUCUGCAAAGGUUUUAGGCCGCUACUAUUCCAGUUGUGUUCUAGUUUGCCAUCCUAGAAUAGUCUGUCUGUGGAAAGAAAAAGAAAUGGAAACCAACAAAGGACGAGUCUUUUUCCAUGGGUUAGCUCUGUUAUUUUCUUGUUGUAUUUCCUCUGUCGCUGUCUGUAGUGGAGUUUGAUUAAGAAAAAAUCUUUGCAGAAACAGAGUCGUUUUUUGGUGUCGAGUAGCAGCUGAUUGAGUCAACCUUGUUCCAUUGUUGGGAAGGAGACAAAGAGGAGAGAGAGAGAGAGAGGCAGAAGACGAAAUCGUUUUUGUGUUGUCUUCCUUGUUUGUCAAACAAAUGGGACUGACUCCAACCAAGAAGAAAAUACAGAUGAAAAUGAUGGCUCCUUCUACUAGAACGAUAGAAUAAAUCGUGUUGUCAAUUGGUUUAUGAAAAUGGAGAUACUAAUUUUAGCGAUAUAGCCUAAGAAAAGGAUGGCAACGAGUUGGAUAGGGAUAGACGGUAUAUAUUCUUUUAAGUAUCAACAUGUUCUAAUUACUUUGAAUGUAUUCACAUAUAAGAUUGGAUAGUCAGUUAGACUUAUAUUCACGAUUUUUGGUUGGGUGGGUAUAUUGGCAUAGUAAUUUCCUUCUUAUAUUUCAUUGAAUGUACUAUUAUAUGUAAAUAUUUACAUUAUAUAAUUGAAAAAAUUACACAGGAAGUAUGGAUGAGCAAUGUGCGAUUGGGUGGAUUUUGGUAUUGUUGGUCCACGCAGUUGAGCAGUCAUGGGCCUCGGGGUCCAAGAGGCGAGUGACAGCGGACAGGGCCACAUAGAGUAUCCGCCCCGGUCGCGGAGACUGGAACGACAGGCGGUCAUCGGACGAGAUACGUACCUCGGACUGGUACGUAUCUCAACGGAUUUUUGCUUACCCAGUCCGAGGUACGUAUCCACCCAGGACUGGGUAAGACUGUUGAGAUACAUAUCUUUGCUUACCCAGUCUGAGGUACGUAUCCACCCACGACUGACCAUGACAGAAAGCAAAGAUCCGUUGAGAUACGUACCUCGGGCUGGGUAAGACUGAGCAUUUAUUGCUCGCGUAGGCGGUCCACUUUAGGAUCAGGCCUGUCAGGGACGCCUGACGUGACAUUAAAUGACUCAACCACCACCAUAUCAGGUAUAAAUGCACCACGAUAGCAUUGAUGAUAAACUCAACUACUCUCUCUCUCUCUCUCUAGAACAAACACAUUAUCACACACUUCUCUGUCUAACUUAAGCAUCGGAGAGUGUCCUGGACAACCGCCCGAGGACCCUUGCCUUGCAGGUAUCUGGAGUGCACCCUCCUUCAAGAACAGACGUGUCGCCCCUGCCCUGCAAACCGUCUAGUAUUUACUAGGCACAAACAGGUAUUAAAUUGACUCAUCUACUUAUUAGUGAGUUUAUAUACUUGUGAUCCGCUAUCAACUCACAUUCUUCUUCGGAUUAGGUUGGGGGAGUGAUGACUGAUGAACGAGUGUGGCUGGAUUCUGGAUAGACUAGCAACAUCAAUUCUCCAACUACCCAUUAAGAAAAUUUACUACUAUCUAUAAUAAGUUACUCGCAAAUUAGUAAGAUUGUACAAAUUAGACACUAUCCACUUUGUUGUAUAUGCAUCUAGUAUUCUAUUCUAUCAAAUUUUCCAGUACUCCACCAAUCUAUAGGGUAGAGAAAACUAAAACAUUUUGCAACUUCGAUACAAUUAAUACUAUCCUAAUAUCUAACGAACAUUACACAAUAGUGUAACCAAUGAUAUAUAGUAGUCGAGAAAAAAUUCUUUAUUCUUCACCUUUAGAGUGAUAAUCAGUGUGUAGUGCAAUUAUGAUGAUUUAUGACAACUAUUUAAUUGUAUAAACAAGAAAUAAUUUUUUUUUUCAAGUGAUAAUAAGGUGCGGGUCAUUUGGGGGAUCCGUAAUCCACCCCAUACCCAUCUGAGUAAGUGUCGGUAAGAGAUUUGUCAAUCAACAAUCUACUCACAUCAAUCACCCACCCAUUACGCUUUGAGUUAAUAAUAUUUUAUUUCUUUUUAACGGCAGACUAACCGAAUUUUAAAGGGAUGUACAAUUCAAUGACAUUGAUGAUACCCGAACUUAUUCUAACUUAAAUGGUAUAGCUCUCCCAAUUUUACUUUAAGGUAUUUUACCUGAAGAUUAUGUAUUUCCUAUGUUGGGCUAACUCUCCAUUAGACAAUGAAACCCGGUCUCGUGGGCUGAGUACCGCAGCCUAAAGCCAUGGACAUUAUGUUGCUGGGUUAAUAGAAUGAAGAGGUGGGGGGAUGGAUCGAAGCCCAUUUCUAUGUAAAUUAACGAAGGCCUGAAAGCCCAUUUAUCGAGAUCAAACAAGAAAAGGAGGCCCAAGGAUUGGGCUACUGGAUCAAAAGGUGGAGUGCCGUAGCUCCUAGUCUGUUUAAUUCAAUAAUAAAAUGUGAUAACGUUUGUCGAGUGAAAUUGACAUGUAUAAUUAAACAAAUGAAACAUGUAUUUAUGGGUUGAUAUAACUAGACAAAAAUGGAUUGAGAUCCGUAAUGACGUGAGUAAUACACAAGCAACAAGGCUGCUCCCUUGUUAAGGACACCAAGUGAAAGAAUCGAGGUUCUCGGGAAAAAAUUCGAAUUAUUUUAAUUUUAAAUAGAGUCAAUAGAGAGUCUCAACAUGAGUUUGUUUCUAUAUUUUCAUAAUCCGACUACCGUGUUACAUUUAUUAUGAUUAGAACAUCUGAAUAUGAAUCAUGGCUAUUAAAAAUGGGCUGCAAAAAAAAAGCAUUUGAAUGAGUUAAAUUACAAACGAGAAGUCCAUGUGCGCAUGUAUUUGAGUUCGUCUUAAUACAAUCAAAUACUAUCGCAGACUAUCAUAAAUUUCAAACAUACGC